AUGAUGCCGCCGGCGCUGCUAAGCUUACCGCGCUCCUCGUCGCCGUCGGUAUCCCCUUCUCCUCUCUGCCCCGGCCGCCGAUCGGCCGCCGUCCAGCGCCACCGCCCGUCGAUCCCCUCCAGACCCGCCGCAGGAAUAUGCUAUGCCAGUCAAGCGGUUGAAUUGUUGCCGUCUUUGUACCCGGGGACAGGCGUCAUCGUUCGAGACGCAAAGCUGGAGGACUGUUGGGAAGUAGCAGAUACUCACUGCAGCUCAUUCUUUCCGGGUUACAAAUUCCCAUUAGACCUUGUUCUACGGCUCGAUCGUUACAUCGCCCUCCUAUCCGGCUUUUCAGUUCCGCCAGGCUGCACGAGAAGUUGCCUUGUUGCAGUUAACCCCUCUGCAGCUAACAGUGCUAUCAGUAUCGAAUGUGGAGAUUUGAGAGACGCCGAAUUUCAUGGGAAAUACAGUCUCAGUAAAGGCUCUAUAGCUGGCAUUCUUACGGUCGACACAGUAGCAGACUUUCUUCCAAGAAGGGGACGUCUCAAGCAGAGAAGAACAGGAAUUGCAUACAUAGCAAACGUCGCGGUUCGGAAGGAGGAGCGUCGAAAAGGAAUUGCUAAAAUGCUCGUCGCGGAAGCCGAGGCGCGAGCAAGGAGCUGGGGAUGCCGGUCAGUGGCCUUGCACUGCGAUGUAAGUAACCUCGCCGCGCUGCGACUGUACAAAAGCCAAGGUUACAAAACCAUCCGUGUACCAGAAGACGCCAAGUGGCCAGCACCCAAGAUAGAUCAAUCAGUGCGAUACGAGUUCAUGAUGAAGCUAGUGCCCAAGAGCUAA